AUGUCUUUCCUCUCACCAGAGUCUGAGGCUAGUAUCAAAGCCAGAAUUAAGACCACACUCGUCCCCUGCUCGUCCAUCAACACUCCUCAUGUCCCAUCAGGCACCACCGAAAUCCCGGUCAGCGAUACCAGCUUGUUGGCAUACCUCACAGUCCCUGCCGUGCUGGUGUUCGACGGUCUCAUCGACGAGACGAGGCUAGUCAGAGCUAUAGAGCUGCUCACUGGUGUAUGGCCCACGUUGGCCGGUCGUUAUAAGAGCGUUGGUGAAGGUGACAAGACCAAGUUCAGUAUCGAGCUGACAAGCUCCCCUAUCCCAUUCGAGGCCCAGACAUUAGAGCGUGACCGUGCUUUUUCCGACAACUAA